UUUUCCCCCCCCCUCCCCCUUUCCCCUGCCCCCUUCUUCCCUUUCCUCCUCUCCCUUCCCCUUCCCCGGCCUCCCCCAUGCCGGUGGCUUGGCCCCCCCCCCGCCCCCUGAGCGCGGCCCCGGGGCUCCCUCCUCCCCCCCCCGGCCCGCCCCACACACCGCCCUCCACGGCUUCCCUCUAUCGCGAUAGUCGUCGGGGCGGGGGGGCCGCCAUGUCGAGCAGCGGCCGCAACCCCCUGCCCACCGUCAACGAGAGAGACGCGGAGCAGCCCGGAUCUGCGAGCCGGCGCGGCGGGGGAGAGGCCCAACAUGCUGCGGGGCGCAACUCGGCCGCCUCCGCCGACGAGCAGCCCCACGUCGGCAACUACCGCCUGCUCAAGACCAUCGGCAAGGGCAACUUCGCCAAGGUCAAGCUGGCCCGGCACGUCCUCACGGGCAAGGAGGUCGCCGUGAAGAUCAUCGACAAGACGCAGCUCAACUCCUCCAGCCUGCAGAAGGUGGCUCUUCCGGAAGUGCGGAUAAUGAAGGUGCUGAACCACCCCAACAUAGUGAAGCUCUUCGAGGUGAUCGAGACGGAGAAGACGCUCUACCUCGUGAUGGAGUACGCCAGCGGGGGUGAGUCUUCGACCUACCUGGUGGCCCACGGGCGCAUGAAGGAGAAGGAGGCGCGGGCCCCUCUCUUGCAGAUCGUCUCUGCUGUGCAGUACUGCCACCAGAAGUUCAUCGUACAUAGAGACCUGAAGGCCGAGAACCUGCUGCUCGACGCCGACAUGAACAUCAAAAUCGCCGACUUCGGCUUCAGCAACGAGUUCACGUUCGGGAACAAGCUGGACACGUUCUGCGGGUCGCCGCCCUACGCCGCCCCCGAGCUCUUCCAGGGCAAGAAGUACGACGGCCCCGAGGUCGACGUCUGGAGCCUCGGCGUCAUCCUCUACACCCUGGUCAGCGGCUCGCUGCCCUUCGACGGGCAGAACCUCAAGGAGCUGCGGGAACGGGUCUUGCGGGGCAAGUACCGGAUCCCCUUCUACAUGUCGACCGACUGCGAGAACCUGCUGAAGAAGUUCCUCAUCCUCAACCCCACCAAGAGGGGCACCCUGGAG